CUGCAAUUAUUUAUAUCGGAAUUUUUUAGAGAUUAUAUUUUUUACUUGUUAUGUAAUAUUAUAUGGAUUUGACGUUUAUGACGCAUAAUAUAACCAACAAAAAAAAACGAUUUCUAUUAGAUGUUAUUUACAUCAUAAAAAAUAAAUAAUUACCGAAUAAUCGAGUAUCAAAGUGAUUAAACAUAAUUAAAGCAUAAAUUGUGCUCACUCUAGUAUCAACGAUAAACAAUUCAGAAUAACAUUGCCAGUAGAAUUUUGUCAAUUCUCUUAAGCUUGGUUAAACCUUUUAUCGGUUAUUAUCAUUUGUUUUUCAAUUUUCGGUUGUUGUUAUUUUUGAUAAAUAUACAUUCAAUCAUAUCCUCCACGUGUCGUAAGAUGCAGUGAUUUAAUUACUUUAGUUAAGUAGUGAACUGAUAAGGAUUUUAAUAUAAGUACUAAGAUGUAAAUUCAUGUACUAGAGUUUAACUAUUUAGUCAAUUGUUUUUAUGUGAAACAUUACGAAUAUAUAUAUUUUCUUUUUAUCGUAUUAAUCAUUAUGUAGUAUAUAUAUAUAUAUAUUUUUUUUUAAACUAUUAUACAGUGAACAAAAAUCUUAUAAAUUCUAUCUAUUUUCAAUCGUUUAUUAAUAUAUACAUUCUUGAUUGAUAUAUUUUGUAAUUUAUUGAUAAAAUAGAAACAAGGAAAAAUGAUGUCACAGAAAAUUUUCAUGCGACGUAGUAUCUAUGGAAAAUUGAUCUCAUUCAAUAACGUUUCAGAAACAUCUAAAUGUGUAAUAAACAACGUAAGAUUUGAAUCUACUGUAGAUCCUAAAGAAAUUGAAUUUUUUAGUAAAAUGAAUAAUGAAUGGUGGGAUCCGAAUGGUCAUUUACGUCUUCUUCAUUUACUUAAUCCCAAUAGAGUAAAAUUUGUACGAGAUGGCUUAGCUAAUACAGGAAUGAUUAAAGGUGAUACAAGUUUACCAUUGAAAGGUACUAAAAUCGUGGACGUUGGAUGUGGUGGUGGAAUAUUGUCUGAACCAUUAGCAAGAAUUGGAGCUGAAGUUACUGGAAUAGAUACUUCAGCGCAAUUGAUAGAUAUUGCUAAGAAACAUGCCUUAUUAGAUUCUGACUUAUUAGGAAGAUUAAAUUAUGUUCAAACUGAUAUAGAAACUUUUGAGAAAGAAAAUAAAGAGAAGUAUGAAGCAGUUGUAGCUUCGGAAGUCAUAGAACACGUUAAUGAUCCACAAUUGUUUCUUAAAUGUUGCUCAGCAAUUGUAAAGCCUGGAGGAUCACUGUUCAUUACUACACCAAACAGAACUUUGUUAUCUUGGAUGAGUGUAAUUUGUGCAGCUGAAUAUUUAUUGAAAAUUGUCCCGGUCGGAACACACGAAUGGAAUAAAUUUAUUCCACCAGAAGAAGUUCAACGUUGGCUAGAAAAUUAUGGUUUAAAAACUAAACUGAUUCAUGGAUUAAUGUAUAAUCCAUUGAAACGCGAAUGGAUUUGGUCAUCGAAUACUACGAUGUUCUAUGCUCUUCAUGCGUAUAAAAAAUAAAUGAGUAUAAACUUUUUAUAUUCAAAGAUUUAUCUUCUUAAUAUUAUUUAA